AUUUGUAUGGGAAGACUCUCCCCACUCUUCUUUCCGCGAGUCUUCUAUCACCGCCUGGUAACUGAUCGAAAAGAGAGGAGGGAAAGGAAGGAAGAAAUACACCGAAAUACUAGUCUUCUUCUCCCGGGUCUUAUAGAAGAGAAAAGAAGAAGAAAGAGAGAAAUACACCGAAAUCCUGGUGUAUCAUCUUUUCCAUGGCCAAAGCCCUUGGGAAGCCUCUUACGUUCUUCUUCCUCAUCUUGCUGUGGGAGACCACAGCCGCUGCAGCAAUAGUAGCAUCUGACGGUGACAACAAAAACUUUUCUGUGGGCCGCUUAUUUUGGGCCACAGCCAAAGAUGGGAGCGAUCUGCUGGUGAAGGCGGAAGGCGAAGAUUCGACAUCUGCUGCUGCUGCAGCAACGGCAUCGGCGGAUGAGCACGAUGAAUUCGAGGGCGGCUUCUCUUCUCUCGACGGCAUGUUGCAGUGGGCCAUAGGACAUUCUGAUCCAAGAAAAUUGAAGGAAAAGGCACAUGAUGUUCAACGGUUAUCUGCAAAUGAGCUGGAAAAACGUCAACUAGAAAUAAAGGAAUUGAUGGAGAAGUUGAAGAUGCCUUCAGAUCCGGAGUUGAUGCAGAUUGCAAUAGCAGACUUAAGUAAUUCAUCCAUUUCAUUAGCAGAUCGUCACCGUGCUUUGCAUGAGCUUCUCAUUCUUGUUGAACCGAUAGAUAAUGCAAAUGAUCUGAACAAACUCGGAGGCCUAGUUGCGGUCAUUCGAGAGCUUAAUAAUUCAGAGCCAGAGAUACGGACAACCUCUGCCUGGAUUCUUGGGAAAGCAAGUCAAAAUAACCCAGUUGUUCAGAAGCAGAUUCUCGAACUGGGGGCUCUGUCAAAACUAAUGAAAAUGGUGAAAUCCAGUUUCACAGAAGAAGCCAUAAAGGCUUUGUAUGCUGUUUCAGCCGUGAUCAGGAACAAUUUUGAUGGCCAGGAAUUGUUCUAUGCAGAAGCCGGACAUGUGAUGCUACAGGAGAUAAUGAGCAACUCGAGAACUGAUGUCAGGCUUCGCAGGAAAUGUAUUUUUCUAGUUGCUGAUUUAGUGGAGUGUCAAUUACAAAGUACAAAGAAAGCAGAGGUUCCUUUCUUCAGCAAUCAUCUCUUCUUGAAAUCUGUGGUUGAUCUAACAGCAUCAACAGACCUUGAUCUUCAGGAGAAGACAUUAAUGGCCAUUAGGAGCUUGCUCCAACUGACCACUACCGAAGCCCUAGUUUUCAAGAACUUCUGUGAUCUUGGCGGAGCAUUGGAGAGGAUGAGGAAGCAGCUGGAGGAGUUGAUGGCAGAGGAGUUCCAGAGAGAGUAUGCAAGGGACUUGGAAAGCCUCCGUAGAGAAGUGGAAUUCAUUUUCCACAGAAAGCUAGAAAAGGCAACAUUGGUUCCGACAUGAUCUCUAACUCUUGGAAACCAUUUGAGAUGAUUGAGGAUUGUAACAUAAAGGUGUGGUGAUGAUGUGUGGACCUUCCAUUAAUGUUAAGGAGUAUGCCUAUCGUUGCUUCUUGGAUGUGGGUCUUCCCCACCGUGAGAAAAUUGAGGGGUUGUGCACUCGUUUUCAGCUGCCUAUCCACCUACAGCAGUAAAGCUUAAUAUGGUGUGUUUGAUAUGAAACACUUUGGUAUGCUCGUUUGCCACACCCUGUGAAAAUUUUCUUUUGUCCA